GUAAUCCGUUUUAAUCCUGAGUUCUUACUGUGACCAUGUUGACUCUUAGAUUUGCAAUUUAGGAAAAGAAUGAAAGCAAAAACUGGUCAGUUGUCUCUCUCAUGUAUUUUAUUAGAGCAGAUGAAAUCUCUGAACAAUCUUUGAAGGAAAUUUGUAUGAACGGGACGACUUCUAUUUAGAUUAGAUUAUUGGAUUGAGUACAGCAGAUUACCGACCCACAUUUUCAUUACACUGGGAAGAGAAGCAACUAGAGUCAACGGUCCAGCUUUUUCAUGUAUUGGGAACAUCGGUAAUCAGGUGUUCACCAUGUUGACCAGUUUUGUGGAUGGAAUAUUCUGUUGCUUCACAGGCAAGUCAACCAAUGUGGUGGUGCCUAUUGAUUCCUCCGAGCCUACAGAUGGUUUUGAAUUUGUGGAGGUGAAACCAGGAAGGGUUUUGAGAAUUCGACAUAUUAUUCCAGACAGACCAGUGGUUGAGGAGCCAGGGACUGGGGAAGGUGGUACUGUGAGCUGCAAGCGUAAAAUCUCAGUGUACCGAAAUGGACAACUUCUGAUUGAGAAUGUGAAUGAAGCUACGCAGCCAGAGUUGGUCCGCUAUCAGAAUGGAGACAGCAUUGUGGAUACUGAGGUUAAUGAUUGUGAUGCUCCGAAAGCAAUGGGCCAAACUGCAGAGCCCAUGCCAGGGUCAGCUGCAGAUGUCAAACCUGCGCCACAGCAGGAUCAGCAGCAACCACAGCGCAGACGGCGCAAACCCAAACGCUCCAUUGUAAUUGACUGUGAGCGGAAGAUCACAUGCUGCAAAGGCACUCACCCUGAUGUUGCCUUGUUUUUCAUACACGGGGUUGGAGGAUCACUGGACAUUUGGGGAAGCCAACUGGACUAUUUCUCCCAAAUUGGAUAUGAGGUCAUCGCCCCAGACCUGGCUGGCCAUGGUGCUAGUUCAGCUCCUCAAAUCCCUGCUGCAUAUACAUUUUAUGCUCUAGCUGAGGAUGUUAGAAUCAUAUUCAAGAAAUAUGCAAAGCGGCGGAAUAUUUUAGUAGGGCACUCGUAUGGAGUCUCAUUUUGCACCUUCCUGGCUCAUGAGUAUCCAGAGCAAGUUCACAAGGUUGUGAUGGUUAACGGCGGUGGUCCUACAGCGCUCGAGCCCAGUGCCUGCUCUGUCUUCAACUUACCCACUUGUGUCCUUAACUUCCUGUCCCCGUGCCUCACCUGGAGCUUCCUUAUGGCUGGAUUUGCCCAUCAGGGAGCACGAGAAAAGAAAUUACUAAAAGAAAACAAUGCCUUCAAUGUAUCCUCCUUCGUUCUACGGUCCAUGAUGAGUGGACAGUACUGGCCGGAGGGUGAUGAGGUUUACCAUGCUGAACUCACUGUGCCUGUUCUGCUGGUCCAUGGCAUGUACGACAAGUUUGUACCGGUACAAGAGGACCAACGUAUGGCAGAGAUCCUCUUGCUGGGCUUCCUGAAGGUCAUUGAUGAUGGCAGUCACAUGGUCAUGAUGGAGUGCCCUGAUGUAGUUAAUACUCUCUUACAAGAAUUCUUCCUGUGGCAGCCAGCAACCAACCAAAAACCCAAACAGGAAGCAGUCACCACAAAGACCACCACCAAACCUCAAGAAGACACUGCAAGGCCAAAAACUGCCCCUAAGUCACCCCCCAAAUCUCAACCAGACUUAAUAAGGCCAACAACUGCACCAAAGAUUAGCAAUAGUUGGACAGAAGCCCUGGCUGACAGCAAAUCUAAGGGCAAGAAAUAGCUGAUUUACAAGAAAUGGAAUUGGUUAAGCCUGCUCUACACCUGGUGAAUGGCCGAAAUGUAACAGAGCCGUUUAAAAAAACUAUAUGUUUGCAGUCACCUGCUGAUUUGUGUAAGACUGCAGUGAAAAGUCCCAAGGAACUGCUAUGAAGGACAUUUGUCCCAAUCCGGGAUUUGCCUCAACAUUUUCAAGUUUUGGCAGAGGAGAUUAAGAUCUUAAGAUGUGACGCUUCUUUCCACCACAGGCAACAAAACAACCAAUUUAAAAAAUAAAAAAAAACAUUCAAUGAAUAUAUACAAUAAAACAAGUUUUAUGAUACCAUCAUUCCAAAAGGUUUACAAUAAGUGACAAUCUCAAUAUUAUUCAAAGUGUUGCACAGUUUAAUAUAUGCAAUGCAGAUUUUGGUCUACAUGGAGUGAUUUCUUUCAUUUCUCAGCAUUAUCUCAGGCUUUUAUUGUUAGCUUUUAUUUGACUUGUGUCAGUAAAUAUCGUGUUACGUAUAAGUAACAUUUUCACUGAAUAACAGUUAUUUUUUCUUAAGAAUUAGAAUUAAUUUUCUGUCUUUUUAUGUUGUUCUCUUGCAAAGACUGUUAUAAAGGGUGAUUGGGAAAAAGCUAUACUGCUCUGCCUUUACCACAACUUCAUAAAUAUUGCCUAUUUUCUUUUUGUCAGAAUUUCCUACAAAGAGCCACUAAGAGGGAUAUAGAGUUAACACAGAACAAGUAUUAUGCUCUUGAAUGCUGAAACACAAGUAUUGUGAUUCUACAUUUAUUGUAUUGAGUACUGAGAAAUAUCUCCCAGACUCUUCUUCAGGUAGUACAGCUGGAAGCAAGAGGUUCAGGACAAGGAAGGGACCAAGACCUCAACUAUUCCUUUUAUCCUGCAAUUUAGACCACCUCAAUUAAUGCCAUUGAAAGUCCAUAAUUUUUUAUUAUUAUUAUUCCCCCUGCCAAUUAUUGCACUAUAUCUGUCUCUAACAAGUUUAAUGAGCAAACCUUAUAACAGUAUUUUCCAACUAGUCAUUUUCAUUUUUUGCUUCCAAUUUAAGUGUAGGUGACUUAAGCUUAGUGUUAUUACAAUUAUUACUUUAAAAUCUUUCCAAAACCACAACAGAUGCUUUUGCACACACUGCCAAGCACGCAACUGUCCAGAAAAAAAUAAAUUCAGAGAAAAAACUCCAGCAUUUUAACAAGGUUUACAU